UUGCACCCACAUGUGUAUUUAUGUCAACCUUACCUCCCAAACAGAGGUCUAUUCGUCCCUACUUGUCAACCAAUCGGCAGGUUUUAUGAGGUAAAACUUCUCCAAAUCUCGACUAAAAAAUGUUUAGCCAAGAAAAAUAGACGUUAUGACGUUUGGUUAACGUUUCUUUAAUAUUAUGAAAGUGCUGAGUGCCGUCACGUCGUGUGUUUUUGCUGCCGCUCGUCCGCUGCUUCUCGCCCAGCGUUGUCGUCCUCUCCUCCGGCCUGUUUGUCAGCCGCGUCGCACCAUGGCCGACAACAACAACAACAAAAACAACAAAAUGAAUGACAAGAUGAAGAAGUCCACCAAGCUGCAAGCAAAGCCGCUGCGGAUGCUAAAGAGUAAAGAAAGUCGCAACAAACACGGGGAAGUACACAGCCCCGCCACCGUGUACGUGCAGGUGGUCGGUGCAGGAAGUCGGGACAAUGCCGCUUCGCUUUACGUCUUCUCCGAAUUCAACAGGUACUUGUUCAACUGCGGGGAAGGAACGCAGAGACUCAUGCACGAACACAAGCUGCGAGCGUCGCGACUCGACAAUAUCUUCUUGACCAGGAUGAGCUGGGAAAAUGUUGGCGGUCUUUCUGGAAUGAUCCUCACUUUGAAGGACACCGGAGUGCCCGAGUGCGUCCUCUCUGGGCCACCGCAGCUGGAGGGCUACGUGAAAGCCAUCAAAACAUUCUCCGGGCCACUGGACAGCAUCCAACUUUCCGUUCGUCCAUACACGGAUCCAACAUACAUGGACGACACCAUGACCGUAGUGCAAGUUCCCAUUGUUGCCGCACUAAGAAGUGGCCAACCCUCACCAGGGAGUAGCCGUUCCCCGAGUCCCGCCUCCCCAGGGAAAGACUGCGAGCACCCCGAUGAUGCCAGGAACCGACCAAGAGAAAAAAGGAAAGUAACAAGAGAUGCGUCACUCGUGGUUGCAUUCAUAUGCAAACUUCAUCCCAAGAAAGGAAACUUCUUGGUGGUCGAGGCCAAGGAACUUGGACUUCCUGUGGGUACUGCUGCCAUCGGUCCGCUCAUCGCCGCUCUGAAGGCCGGGAAAAGCGUCACGUACAACGGCAAAGAGAUCAGACCGGAGCAAGUGUGCACGCCCACCGAUCCUGGACAGGCCUUUAUCAUCGUGGAGUGUCCUUCCGAGGAGUUUGUUGCACCGCUAUGCGAAAGCCACCACAUCUCAAGCUUUCACAGUGGGGGGACAGAGGACGCCCCCGCCCUGAUUGUGCAUAUAACUCCCGAGGCAGUGCUGAAAAGCCCACAGUACCGAGACUGGAUGAAAAGGUUCCCAGCAAGCACCGAACACCUGAUCCUCAAUGAGCACGCCAGGUCUGCACACAAUGUCCGCAGCCACAAGAUCCAAGCGCAGCUCAAUAUGAUCCACUCCGACGUCUUUCCUCACCUCAAGACCUACACGCCCAAGGAUUGUCAAGCAUCUCUGGACGUCUCGGCGGUGCGAGGCGAAUGCCUACUCAAGUUCCAGCUGCGACCAGUCAUUGAGUGGCAAAGAGAUGCCAUCCCCCCCUGUAGCUAUGAGGAUUUUGUCAAAGAGGCUUAUGAUGUCCCCAACUUCUUGCAAGAAGUGGACAAAUGUCAACAAUUACGGUCUGGCGGCUCUCCAGGUCCCCUUGGACAAGCAGAGUAUCCCGAAUUUGUUUUCUUGGGAACCGGAUCAGCUCUGCCCAUGAAAAUCCGAAAUGUCAGCAGCACUUUAGUCAACAUCAGCACUGGACAAUCACUGCUGCUGGACUGCGGCGAAGGGACCUUCGGCCAGCUGUGCCGGCACUACGGCGAUGACGUAGACCAGGUUCUGUCCGACAUCUCGGCCGUGUUUGUUUCGCACAUGCACGCCGAUCAUCACACUGGUCUCAUCAAGCUGCUGUACCAAAGACAACGUGCCCUGGUGACUUUAGGAAAGGCCUGGAGUCCCCUCCUGCUCAUGGCCCCCCGGGGCAUGAUGAGCUGGCUGUGGCAGUAUCACCACAGCUGUGAGAAGGUCCUCCAUCAUGUCAACUUCAUCCCCAAUGACGUCCUGCGCCACAAAGCCGAAGCGCCCGACCCCAAAACGCAGGCCUUUAUCACAGAGCUUCUGAACAACACCACCUUGGAAAAGUUCCAGACAUGCUGGGUGCGUCACUGCAAGAAUGCCUUUGCCUGCAGCCUUACUCACAAGUCAGGUUGGAAGAUUGCCUUCUCUGGAGACACCAUGCCCUGUGAUGCCCUUGUGCAUAUGGGCAAGAAUGCAACCUUGCUGAUCCACGAAGCCACAUUGGAGGAUGGCAUGGAGGAGGAAGCUGUAGAGAAACGGCACAGCACGACAUCACAGGCGAUCGACACAGGCAUGCGGAUGAAUGCUGACUUCAUCAUGCUUAAUCACUUCAGCCAGCGUUACGCCAAGAUCCCGCUCUUCAGCAACGACUUCACCGAGCGGGUCGGCAUCUCCUUCGACCACAUGCGGGUGCGUCUGGGAGACCUGAAGGUCCUCCCGGGUCUGACCCCGGCGCUGAAGACCCUCUUUGCCGUGGAGCUUGAGGAGAUGGAAGAGAGAAGAGAGCGACGGGAGCAGAGGCAGCAGUUCUGGGCCAUCAGCGCCGAACCGGCAGACAUCGACCGUGGUGCCAAGCGGGAACAGGAGGAUGACGAUUGCGCCCAAACUAAGAGACAAAAGAGCAGCUGACAACAUCAGAUAGGACCCAAGCCCCACUUAUUUGUUCCGAGACACUAAAACGGUGUCAAAGUCGACUUUUAUUUCUUUGUCCUGAGCACAGAAAUGAUUUAUGUGCAAGUAUCUAAACUGGAUUUUUUUUUUUUAAAUGCAGUGUGAAUGUCUGUUAGUCUUCGCUAUCAUGAACACAUUGAUGCUAUUGUACAUUUGUGUUCUUUCAGUUAAGUUUGAAAUGAGCAAUUUCAACGGAUGAAAUGAUUAGUUUUUUCUUUUCAUAAGUUUGUUCGUUGACUACCUCAAUAGGCCUAAAUAUCUCUCUCGUGUUAGACUGCUUCAACAGCCUGGGUCUAGACUCUAACUGACCCAAAACAACUAUUUUGCCUACAAUGAAAUAUAUUAAGUUAAUUUACAGUUUUUAAGGAUGAUGUGAGGUUGAUGUCUGUUUUUGUUUUAGCAUAGUACAUAGUCAUAUUUGUUUUCCAUGAAUGAGGAACAAAGUUGCACUGAAAGCUUACAAGUCAUCAUUUCAAAACAAUAAAAAUGAAA